GUGCCCAAGGGGGCUCAGUGGCCCACACACUCCUGGAAGAUGGGACAUUCAGGGUUAGAGUGGUGACCCGGAACCCUGGGCAGAAGGCAGCCAAGGAGCUGAGGCUGCAAGGCGCAGAAGUAGUGCAGGGAGACCAGGAUGACGAAGCCAGCAUGGAGCGGGCCCUGACUGGAGCUCAUGCUGCUUUCAUUGUGACCAACUACUGGGAGAACUGUAGCCAGGAGCAAGAGGUCAAGCAGGGAAAGCUGCUGGCUGAUCUGGCCAAGCGCCUGGGCCUCCACUACGUGGUCUACAGUGGCUUGGAGAACAUUAAGAAGCUGACGGCCGGGAAGCUGGCAGCUGGCCACUUUGAUGGCAAAGGGGAAGUGGAGGAGUAUUUCCGAGACAUCGGUGUUCCCAUGACCAGUGUGCGGCUGCCUUGCUAUUUUGAGAACCUCCUCUCUUACUUUCUGCCCCAGAGAGCCCCAGAUGGAAAGAGCUACUUGCUGAACUUGCCCAUGGGUGAUAUCCCCAUGGAUGGCAUGGCUGUGAGCGACCUGGGUCCUGUGGUGCUCAGCCUGCUGAGGAUGCCAGAAGAGUACGUGGGGCAGAACAUUGGGCUCAGUACCUGCCGGCACACUGCAGAGGAGUAUGCUGCGCUGCUCACCAGGCACACUGGCAAGACUGUGCACCACACCAAGAUAACUCCUGAGGACUAUGAGAAGCUUGGUUUCCCCGGAGCCUGCGACCUGGCUAACAUGUUCCGUUUCUACGCCCUGAAACCUGACCGUAACAUUGAGCUGACCCUGCGUCUCAACCCCAAGGCCCGCACACUGGAGCAGUGGCUGGAGCAGCACAAAGGGGACUUCACCCAGCUCUGACCUCCACUUUACAGCCCGAGCCAGGGGACAGGAGACCCAGAUGCACAAUCAUCCUUUCUUGUGUACAAAAAUUGUUUUUUCAAAUAAAGCCAUUGUUCUCCCAGAUGA